CAAGAUGGCACCGACAUGUGAAAAGGCAGCGAAGCAAGUGCAGAAAAGAAAACACUUGGCAGACGUUGUUUUGCGCAUUACCGCGGAGUCGGACUCUUGAUUUUUCAGAAUCGGACUUUAUUGGCAGUGAUCAGGAGAUCGAGCAAGAGAGUUAGAAGCAGGCAUCAGCUGAUCAGACACCAGCUGAUGCCGCGCGAGCGGAUCUGCUGCCAGUUGAGUGCCUUCGCGCAGCCGAUGCAUGUACAGCAAGGUUCGCAUGGGAUAAAUACACAUACAUUGAUCCGUUGAGAGCCGAUAUGGCUACCGGAGUUUACAAGACGGCAUGGCUUGUUUUUGGACACGACAGAUCACCAGCUACUGUACUUCAGGCUGCUCUCUCCUGAUGCUGCUUUUCAGCUACUGUCAGACAAACAGGCAACACCUUUCUUUUUGGGAAUGCUGAUCAUUGAGACUUUAGUGAACUAUGCAAAGAGCCAACCAGGUUUCAGAAUUAACGAUGGUCUUACUUCCAUAUCUGCAGGUAUAUUUUCUAGACUUCCAAUGAUGUUAAGAAGAAGUCUUGAGGUCUCUGCGUACAUCUACGUAUGGAAUAACUACCGAAUUUUGGAAAUGCCAUGGGACUCUCCAUGGACGUGGUGGCUGACAUUUCUUGGCGUUGACUUUGCAUAUUACUGGGUUCAUCGUUUUUCUCAUGAAGUGAAUAUAAUGUGGGCAGCCCACCAAGCACAUCAUAGUUCAGAAGAUUAUAAUUUAUCAACCGCUCUGAGACAGUCAGUAAUGAAUCAAUAUUUGUCAUGGCUGUUUUACCUUCCAAUGGCCUUGGUUAUACCACCAUCUGUAUUUGCUGUUCAUAUACAAUUUAACCUCAUUUACCAAUUCUGGAUACACACUGAGACUGUGGGAAACCUUGGGCCUCUUGAAUUUGUUAUAAACACUCCAAGCCACCACAGGGUACAUCAUGGAAGAAAUCCCUACUGCAUUGAUAAGAAUUAUGGAGGGACCCUAAUAAUAUGGGACAGAAUUUUCGGAACAUUUGCACCAGAAAGUGAAAAAGUUGUGUAUGGUCUUACCCAUCCAAUCGACACAUUUGAUCCAUUUUGGGUCCAGUUUCACCACUAUACUCACAUUUGGAAAACGUUUUGGGCUACACCUGGCAUUUCAAACAAGCUAUCUGUCAUUUUCAAAGGACCUGGCUGGGGUCCAGGCAAACCAAGACUCGGACUUCCUGAAGAACUGCCUGAGAUAACUGGGAAAGAAGUUCUAUACAAUCCAGCAUUACCAGCCAGUAUGCAAGCAUAUGCACUAAUGCAUUUUCUCCUGAUUGUAGGCAUUUACCAUGAAAUGUUUGCUUCAAAAGCUGUGCUGUCUGAGACUGUGCUUGUCCUGAAUAUUAUCUACGUAUUACUAACAUUGACAGCCAUUGGAUUUAUUUCAAAUCAAAAAUGUGGUGUGGCCUUACUGGAACCUGUAAGAUGUAUUGUUUUUCUUGUUUUCCAUCGACUCGGCUAUUUAAAACUGCCUUCUCCUGUCUUAACUCUUCCAAGUGAGGUUAUAUGCUUACUGACCAUGUGUUACUGGAUGCGGCACAUGGUGAAGAAGAUGGUACUUGGCAAGAAAAAACAUCAUUGAUAAAUGUAAUAUCUGUCUUGAAGUGCAACCUUGCAUUGUGAUGUGGAAAUCUUUCACUCUUUACCUUAAAAAUGUAUUGCGUUUACAGUACAUUCCAAAUAAUCCAUCAUUUAUUUUGAGAAUGAAUUUAUAGUUGUCUGUAGUCAUUUUAGAUUAGUGAUGAAUAUAUAUGUUU